AUGGGUCCUGUCAUACAUAAUCAACUAUAUGAAUGUGGAUUAACGCCUACGUCUCAAGAUAGUGUCUUGAUCGACAAGUAUGAAACUCAAUUAUUUCAAUCAUUGAACAGGUUUAUCAGUUUUAUAAACAACGCUAAUCAGCCAGCUAGCACUAAAGAAAAAAAUACAAAAUUUUGCAAAUCCUCUUCAAAUUUUUUGCGCUUGAAGCUAUUAACAGUUUUAAGACAAUGGUGCGAUUUCUCACAAAGUAACUGUAGGCUGGAGAGCAGAGAUGUUUUGACUCAAUGGUGGGUGACGCUCUUAAACUUUCUAAACUCUGACACUUCGCUUCAAAUUGAUACUGCUCUUGAAUUGAGCUUAAGCAUAGAACUGACUUCCGUGUGUCUCGAAUGCGUCAGCAAAAUUAUGACCAUAUUAAUAAUAUUACCUUUCCAUUCACCGAGAGACAUGGAAAUAUAUUCACACCAUCUUUUACUAACCGUUCAUUGCAUAACAAAUAAACUGGUUUUAAUUUCUAAAAACACCAAAAAAUUUAAACGUACAGAGAGUGAUGACAAGUGCUCUAAAAACGACAAAAAGCUAGAAUACCUUAACAAAUAUUCUUCUCUACUACGAGCAUUCAUCGGGAAAUUAAAUGCCUACGCAUUUUUUUACUUACCAGAAGACUUACGUUUCGAUACGAUUUUGUUAUUGACUGUUUCUCCUCAAAUCUCUUCAAAUAUUCAAGCAUGUUUGUUUUCAUGGAAGAAGAGACAAUAUAAAUUUACUGACGAUCAGGGACAAAUGAUCCAUGCUGAAGCGUUUGAAAAUAAAGAUACCAAAUUUUUUAAGAUUAUUGUUUCCUAUAUCAAGAAUGAUUUCGUACUUAUGUCAUUUUAUUGGCACUAUUGGUAUAUCAUACUUCAAUUUAUUAAGUUCUCUGGUCCACAUGUUAGUAUUGAAAAAUCGACAUUGUCAUGCAUACCUGGAUCAGAAAUUCUCUUAACGCAUGUAACAACUAGAUUUUUGAAUUCAGAUUUGAAUAAAUUCACACGUAUCAUUAAACAAACGCCGAAUCCGAGAAUUACAAACGAGAAUGUAACAGAGUCACACCCAAAUUUCAGAAGCUUGAAUAGUAACAAUGCUUUAAUCACAUCUGAAAGGAUUAAUGAUUAUGUUUUUUCCAACUUUAAGACAAUUAAGUUAUGGGAAUGUCUCAGAAGUCUUUCGGGCUGUAUUGUUAAAGAUAGUCAUUUGGAAUACCUGGAAAAUAUGCUUUCUUUACAUGAGUCCUUAUUGAUAGACUAUGUCUCAACUAUCUCAGCGUACGAUUACGUUGCAGCGAACGUCAUUUACAACAAAGUUCUCCAGUUCAUUAUUUUUCAAUUUGAAAGCUUAUCGUCUUUGAAAUUUAUUCAUUGGGGGUCAUGGCACAAUGGGCUUCUGAGUAUGUUAAGGACUAAAAAUGUUAACUGCCAGACCGUUUCUUUGUUGUGCCUCUUCAAUAUUUGGAAACACGUAGGCUCUGAGGAACGCGAUGAAAUAGCAAAUACACUGUUAAAUGAUUUCUGGGAGUCACUAACAUUUGAUAAUGAAUUUCCUUUGAUUAGAAUUUUAUUUAUGAAGCUGUUAGUUUUUAAAAUCAUUCCAAGUGUUCAAGGUUCUAAUUCAUUACGAUUCUUGCCACAUGAGAGGAUCAGGGGGUUAUAUGAAGAACUAAUAGUGAACAAAGAAAAGCUAGUUGAAAUGCAAAAGCAUAGUUCGAAUGAUAUAAUUGCGCAUAGGAAGACUGCGCUCAUUUUUAAUGGUAACUCACGUUUGAUGAUGAUCCCAAAAAAGCCGAAUACAGAGGACCACUUAGUUUAUAAGAUUAAUCACGAUAAAAAUUUAGCCACAGAAAGAUUUCCCUCUGUUAGUUCAGUGGCAAAUACAAGACCUAACGUAAUUUUGAAAAACGGCAAGUAUGCUUAUGAUGUUUUAGAUGAAAUGACAAGUAAAGUCGCCUUCCUGCUUGCAGAAAAGAAAACUCGACUAGAUCCCAAAAAAAAUCACAAAAUUUCAGAUGGGUUUGAAGGAAAUCAGGAUAACGAAGAUAAUGACGAAGAUUCAGAAGAUAGUGGCUCACAUAAAAAUAAGACGAAGGAAAGUAAUAGCUCUUUGUCGGCAACACUGAAUAGUUGGCUUUCAAAAUUUUCUAGUACCUCCGAAGAUUCACAGAAGAAGAAGGAGCAGGAAAAUGAAUUGGGCAGCGAUUUUGACUAUGAUGAAGAUAUGACCGAUUUUACAGAAAGUUUACCGAAGCGGUCAUCCAGUAAUAUUGAGAAAAUUUUCAGACACGGUAAUAGUUCAGGAUCAAUGGCAUCAUCUAAUUCAAGUAUCAAAUUUAGUAAGAAGAGGGAGAAUAUAUUGAUAGGCCCACCAGAAUUUAGGUUUUCUAAUGAAAUUAAGGAGCACAAUAGUAUAACCACGGUAUUCAAAUUGGCAUUCAUUCAAACGAAUAGGAAGGUUGUUGAAAGAAUAGAUUUGGCCAACAUGAAAUGGGGAACUAUCCAUGGAGGCAGUAAGUACAUGAAACCUUUGCCUGUCCCGAAAGAUUUGAUCGUUGCGAGUGCUGCUAACAAUGAAAAUGAGAUGAGAAACUUCGCUUUUGUACGUAAUAGUGAUCUAGGUUUUGAGCUACCAGUACCUGAUUUUAGUAUAUUUGGCAAGUGUACGGAAGAUGAGCAUGAUGUUCCAAAAAUUGGCAGUCAGAGUGUGGAAAAUUUGAAGGAGAUUAGCGAGAAGGAGAUGACGAUUUGGAAGCAGAUCCAAGAUAUGAAAUUGAAGACAAGGAUGCAAAAAAUCUGUGUUUUAAUUGAGACGUUCAAUGCUACAGUAAGGGAAUAUUUUGAGUUUUCCAAUCGCUUAGAGCAUGACAGUAUAUUUAUAGAUUUUGAAGUCAGGAAACCUAGUAGUAAUAAUUCUAUUAAUAUCAAAGUCUGA